CCUUCCAAAUAAGCCCUCUCCUCUCCUCUACUUCUCCCUGCCCCAGUCCAGUCUCCUCCCUUGGGUGUUGCUCCAGAAAUUCCGGCUAGACAGUGGAGAUCCAAGAGGGGAUUCGAGGAUGAAGGUAGUUUCGGUCCCUUGCCUGGAGGACAACUAUGCCUACCUAAUCGUGGACGAGAGCACCAAGAAGGCGGCGGCCGUUGACCCGGUGGAGCCGGAGAAGGUUCUGAAGGCGGCCAGCGAGGUCGGCGCCCACAUCGACUGCGUCCUGACCACCCACCACCACUGGGAUCAUGCUGGUGGCAAUGAGAAGAUGAGGCUGGAGAUGCCUGGGAUAAAGGUCUUCGGAGGGUCCCUGGACAAUGUGAAAGGCUGCACUGAUCAGGUGGAGAAUGGAACCAAGUUGUCUCUUGGAAAGGACAUUGAGAUACUAUGCCUACACACGCCAUGCCACACAAAAGGUCAUAUUAGCUACUACGUUAGUAGUAAAGAGGAGGAAGAUCCAGCGGUGUUUACUGGAGACACCUUGUUUAUUGCUGGUUGUGGGAGGUUCUUUGAGGGUACUGCAGAGCAAAUGUAUCAGUCCCUUAUUGUUACACUGGGUUCGCUGCCAAAGCCAACUCGAGUUUACUGUGGGCAUGAGUACACUGUAAAGAACAUAAAAUUCAUGCUGACAGUGGAGCCAGAGAAUGAAAAGAUGAAACAGAAACUGGAAUGGGCUCAAAAGCAGCGUGAAGCAAAUCAACCAACUGUUCCUUCAACUAUAGGAGACGAGUUUGAGAUAAAUACUUUCAUGCGCGUCGAUCUACCAGAAAUACAGGCAAAAUUUGGUGCCAAGUCUCCAGUUGAAGCACUGAGAGAAGUCAGGAAGAUCAAGGAUAACUGGAGAGGUUGAUGCUCAUGCUGAGUGCAACUUGUAUGUACGUUGGACCAGCUAAUGCAGAAUGCUUGCCCUGUAGGUGGGAUUUACUGCCAUGCUUUGCUUUGAGAGGUGUAGUGGCUGGAAGGAUAAGACUCGUAGAAUAAGCUGUGUUGAUAGUAGUCAAGUGUCCUUUGUUACUUGUGGUCUGUUCGUCAGCAGUAACGCGUGAACUAUGUAUGUAUGUUUGUCCUACCAAGCUUGCAAGUUUGAAGGACAUGAUCGCAUCUGCAUUUUAAAAUAAAGGAGUUAAAUUACCCAA